AAAUAUCAAAGCAUUGGCACCAAAUGGCCAGUUGCCACGCCCUAAAUUCGUUUGACAUAAUCAGUUCGAGAGUUAAAACGCCUCUGUUUACAAAACCCUUCCCAUUUUCUGUAAUCAGCUCUCGGCGUCAGAAGAAGAAUUUCUUGCUAAAAUCCAUGGCUUCUUCUGCUUCUAGUGGUUCCAUUUCCAUACCAUCUGUGAACAAGGCUUGGAUCUACUCGGUGUAUGGCAAGUCUUCUGAUAUCUUGAGGUUCGAAGAAAAUGUUGAUGUUCCUCAAAUAACCGACAAUCAAGUCCUCAUCAAGGUUGUCGCUGCUUCUCUUAAUCCUAUCGAUUACAAGAGAAUGCACGGCCUUCUAAAACACGCCGACACUCUACCUAUCGUUCCUGGGUUUGAUGUUGCCGGAGUGGUGGUAAAGGCGGGAAGUCAAGUGAAGAAGUUUAAGGUUGGGGAUGAAGUGUAUGGAGAUAUCAACGAAUCGGGUUCUUCAAAACCAGCACAGUUUGGCACUUUAGCCGAGUAUACUGCUGCAUCAGAGAAGGUUAUAGCUUUGAAACCCAAGAAUUUGAGUUUUGUUGAAGCUGCUAGCCUUCCCUUAGCUAUAGAGACUGCCUAUGAAGGCCUUGAAAGGGGUGAGCUUUCCGCUGGUAAAUCAGUUCUUGUUCUUGGUGGCGCUGGUGGAGUUGGUACGCACAUUAUUCAGCUAGCGAAGCAUGUUUUUGGUGCGUCCAAAGUGGCGGCCACAGCAAGCACAGCGAAACUGGAUUUGCUGAGGAGCUUGGGCGCUGACUUGGCUAUUGAUUACACAAAGGAGAAUUUUGAAGACCUUCCUGAAAAGUUUGAUGUAGUAUAUGAUACAGUUGGACAAGCUGACCGGGGUCUGAAGGUGGUGAAAGAGGGGGGUAAGGUUGUGUCAAUAGUAGGGCCUGCACCUGGAGCAAUCUCUUUCUUUCUCAAUUCAACUGGUUCUACUUUGGAGAAACUGGAGCCUUACUUAGAGAGUGGUAAGAUCAAGCCAUUGAUUGAUCCCAAAGGCCAGUUCCCACUCUCUAAAGCUGUGGAGGCAUAUGCCUACCUUGAGACUUCUAGAGCUACCGGAAAGAUCGUAAUUUAUCCGAUUCCUUAAGUUCAAGGCUUGAAGAAAAAUCUGCCAUAUAUCAUGCUAUGCUUAGACGUUAUAUAUGCCCAGUUUGUAAUGUGACUUGUAGUCAAUAAAUGGUUUGCAACUUUGUAUGAUGAUGAAUACACGAAGUUUGAGGUUUUUCAUUAGUUUAUUUGCUCUUUUGCUUCUUACUUCAGCGUUACUUUAUUGUGUUUGACAACUAGAAGGGUAUGUACCAAAGACAUGUAUUUACUAUGUCACUUCCAUGGCAUAAAUGUUAGUUAGCACUAUUACGAGUGGUA